AUGCGUCCACUCCUUUUGUCUCUUGUCGCAUUCGCCCAAUUCGCUUUCGGUCAGACCGUGUACGUUCUGCGAGAUGACUAUACUGCUGGUUCUUCGGCCGGGUCAUUUGCAGACAACUUCGAUUUCUUUACUGACAACGAUCCUACAAACGGUUACGUGAACUAUAUCAGUCAAGCAGCCGCAGUUGAUUCUGGGCUUCUAUCAACACUCCCAGAUGGCAGCAUCUACAUGGGAGUUGAUACCACGAAUGUGGCCACAGGACGGGGGCGCAAUAGCAUACGAAUCGAGAGCAAGAAGCUCUAUAACCAUGGUCUCUUUAUACUCGGCCUUGCCCAUAUGCCGGGUGGGCAGUGUGCGACCUGGCCAGCUUUUUGGUUGAAAGGCCCUGUGGCCCAAUCGUAUAGUGAGCUGGAUGUCAUCGAAGGCAUUAAUCUUGAUUCGACUAGCGUGCUGUCCCUGAAGACAAGCCAAGCGUGUUCUAUUGGUCAGCAACCCAUGACAGGAACAUUGCAGACCACCGACUGCAACAUUAAUACUGGAGGUUUAGUCGGAUGCUCGAUUAACUCUACCAGCCCUUCAACAUAUGGAACCGGCUUUAAUCAGCAAGGUGGUGGAGUGUAUGCCACAGAAUGGACCAGUGAUGCUGUAACCAUUUGGUAUUUUGCCAGGAACUCCAUACCCUCGGAUGUCCUUACUGGUACCCCUCAGCCAGCCCUUUGGGGACCGCCUUUGGCAAAAUUCGUCCCCAGCUGCAGACUUGAUGACAGCUUUGUGGAUCAGAACAUCGUUAUGAAUAUUGAUUUCUGCGGCGAUUAUGCAGCUGACCCAUAUUGGUACAACCAAUAUCCCUCAUGUACUGCUCAGGCUACCAGCUGCAACGCCUUCGUCAGGGACAACCCAGGUGCUUUCGUUGACACCUACUGGCAAAUCAACCAGCUGAAAGUCUACCAACAAUCCACUGCGAGCACCACAAGCAGCUUCACGACUACCGGCUCUACUAGUUCCACAUCAUCUCCAAGCCCCCUGCCAGCUUCGACAACUUCAGGUUGUAGUUCAUCAUCUUCCACUACAUCACACAGUGAGGCUUCAACAACAUCUGGAUUUACUGCUACCCAAUCUGUCACAGGGACAACAUCAGCAUCGACGGGCAUUUUUGUUUUCACCCCAGGUUUGCCAAACCCGCCGUCAUCGAGUUUCCAACCAGUUGAUGAUUCGACCACAACAUCAUCUUCGCCUGCUGGAGACAUCAGCACCACAUCUGCAAUAUCUUCCACUGCCGGCCCAAUUAUGGCCACCACCUCAUCAACCACAUCACUAGAAGAUCAACCUCUUCCAACAUUUUCACUGGCCACCACCACAAUUACGUGUCCGGCAGGUUGGCCCAUCACGACUCCAUUUGUGGUUACUAAACCUGUUCAACCACAGCCAACUGGACAUGGAGUCAUCGUUACGAUUGAUCAUGGGCACGAAGUCACCAUUUCAACAGAUCGCAGUGGCAAGACAAUCACGAUCACCGGGCCUGUCGACACUCCAACUGAAACAGUUGUCGUGCCCGUCACCGUCCUACCACUACCUCUCGCGGGUGCACAUCCCCAUGGACCUCCGGGAGCACCUUCAGGCACUCUAGUCACCAAGACUGGGUCACCCUCCGGCCUAGAACUAAGCUACGGCAAUGGAGCAGGUGGUGGUGCACCAACACAGGCAGCCAAUGCUCCGCACAAUUUCCCCUCUGCAUCUGAAGCCGCCACUCCAGUCUCGAACAUCAGUCCCGGAGACGCUGGAGGAUCUGGACAUCCGGCCGACGGCGGCAGCGCAGGCAACAACGACGAUUCAAAUAAUGACCACCUGAAUGGAGCAACUGGCGGUGGAGACUCCUUCGGUCCAGGCUCCAAUAAUGGAGACUCAUCUGACAACGUCGACUCAAACGGAUACGGCAAUCAAGGUGUGGCUGGCCCUAGCCCGAGCACUUGGAUCGCGAGCUACACUGGCGCCGCCGCAACUGUCGUUGCCAGCUCGACUUUGUUCCUGUUCUUGGCUAUCAUGUCUUUUAUCUUUUUAGAGUUGUCUGUAGUUUGA